AUGCACUACAAAUUCUCUAUUUUUUUCUGGUGCGUCUUUGUGACUGAAGCAUGUAUCAAAAUAACUGCCUUUGGAUUCAUCCGUGGACGGGGCACGUACCUUAGAGACGGAUGGAAUUGUUUGGAUUUUUUCAUCGUCGUGACAGGAGCUUUUGAGUUUUUGCCAGCAACAGCUGCUGGCUCGCAGUCUAGCGCCGUCGGGUUCUUCAAGAACUUCAGAGCCUUCCGCGCUCUCCGACCUCUCCGCAUCCUGAGCAGGUCCAAAGGUCUCAAGAUCGUCCUCGGCACCCUCGGACGGGCCGUCGUCCCCGUGCUCAACACGGUCGCCAUCGCACUCUGCGCCUUCUUCGUCUUCGGGGUGAUGUCAGUCCAGCUGCUGGGCGGGCGGAUGAACUACUGCACCGACGUGUUCGUCCAGUCGAUGGACGAGUGCCAUGGGUUUGACCCUGUAACGCAGCAGCCGAGGGUGUGGAUGGGGAGGCUGAUCCAGUACAACUGGAUCGGCUCCGCUACCCUAUCCAUGUUCAUCACGGCGUCGCAGGACAACUGGGAGAUACAGAUGUUCUCCGCCAUGGACGCGACGGACAAGACGCACGGGCCGUACGCAUACAGCAACAUCUUCAUGGCGAUCUACUUCAUCAUCUUCAUGGUCAUCGGCAGCUUCUUCGUGAUCCAGCUCUUCGUCGGUGUCUUCAUCGACACGUUCCAGACUGUCACGUCAGAGGCGAAGAUCCUGUCCCGCAAGAACUCCUUCGCCUCCGAGGCCAGCUCGGUGACGAGCGUUAGUGGGAUGUCGGAGCCGCUCCACCCAUGGCGCAACAAGUUCUUCACGGUGGUGACGACAAAACAGUUCGACCUGAUCAUCGCUUUCUUCAUCGUCACCAACGUCUUCGCCAUGUCUGCGCAGAGCUACAAGAGCUCGGCCUAUCAAGAUUCUGUCCUGACAUCGCUGGACUACAUGUUCAACUUGGUGUUUGGAAUGGAGGUGAUAGCCAAGAAGUGGGGCAUGUACCCGAAGCAGUACUUCUCCUCUAGGUGGAACAGGUUCGACUUCACCGUGGUCAUGAUAUCCUUCAUCGGGAUCACCACUGAGAACAUCGGCCAGAGUCUGGCGCUCAACCCCACCAUCCUCAGAGUCCUCAGGGUCAUCAGGAUUUUCAGGAUCCUCCGAGCUUUUCGGAUUUUUAAAGCGGCGCAGGGCCUUCAGAACCUUGUCAGGACUCUGUUGCGCUCCAUCACGGCCGUCGGCAACCUCGCAGCUCUGCUCAUCCUGCUCUUCUUCGUGCUCGGCGUGCUCUCAGUCGAGAUGUUUGGAAGCAUGUGCCUGGAUAACUUCUCCCUGACCAACGCGCGGGACCCGUACAAGUUCGAUCGCUGCAUCCUCGUCGACCCCUCCGACCUGAUCGACUUCCAUGCCACCUUUGAGAACCUCGGGAUGGCGCUCCUGACUCUCUUCCGCAUCUGCACCACCGACAACUGGUCCGAGGUCAUGCAGUCAGUCUCUCUCGCCCCUGGCUCUAGACCUAACGGAGCCAACGCGACCGCGGUCGCGAUGGAGAACCUCCGGCUGUACAACUCGACAGGGAAUGAGGACUACCUGAUCCGCGCCCGGGACAGUCUCCCCGGCUGCACAACGGCAGGGGAGAUCUCCGACUUGGGGGACGUGAUCUCGUGCGCCCACCCCGACAGCUUCGGGCAGUGUCCCUCCACCUGCGGCGACGCGUUCCUGGCCAACGUCCUCUUCACCUUCUUCCUGACAGCGUCCAACUUCAUCCUGCUGAACCUGGUGAUGGCGGUUCUGAUGCAGGAGCUUCAGAACGCCAUCCACAGCAGCGAGAAGAAGUCAAAGACCGGCCUGUCAGUCUUGAUGAGCGUUAGUGCUGCCACGAACAAGUGGCUGAAGCUUGCCAAUGACGAUCAACCUUCCGGUGCGAUGAGUGACGCUGGUUCCGUCAAGAGCUCCUUCACUGCCACCUCCUCUGACAGCGCAAGCGCCGCUGGCGGCGGCACCGGCCGUUCGCCGAGAGGGAGAGGUACACCGAGAGGAGGGAGAAAACCGCCCGACCCAACGCAACCGCCCGGCAAGUCGUAGCAGCAGCCAGUCACUUGCGUCGAAACCUCGUUUAUUCUUCCUAGUGUAAAUUUUGCCAAGACCGUGUGAAUGUAAUCAAGUAAAGCAGAUGAAGCUUAUCG